AGAGUUAUGCUUUUGGAUUCAAAAUCUGAUGAAUUGUACACAGACAAAGAUUUCUAAUUAGAUUAAGCUGAAAGAUACAUAGAAGUAUUUAAUUAAUUGAAAGUAUUAUGUCUUGUAAAUAAAGAACCAAAAUUUUUAUGAAUUAGAUCUAGAAAAGAUGUUAGAACUUACAAUUUAUAUUGUAAAUAAUACUCAUUAUCAAUAAAAAUUUAAGUUAUCUGAAGAUAGAAAAUAAGUCACUCCAAGAGAAUUAUUGAAUUAUAUUGAAAAAUUAUAUAGAUAAUGA